UUGUAUGAAAAAACUUAAGUGACGCAGAACGCAAAGGUAUAGUCUGAGCAGGAAACGCACACAAUUUUCCACUCCGCUGGCACUUGUGUGUCGCGCUGAGCCUGGCUCUCAGCCACAUGUGUAUGAACAUUUGAACUACCAACGUUAUCUGGAUUGUCACUUGUUGGAAACGGAUUGGCUCGAUGGAAAGAUUGGUGGUGGCGACAUGGGCGGAGCUACGUCCCAUGUGACUCGGUCCUGUGUCGACGUCGGCUGUGGUCCGGCAAUCGAGGGGCACAGAGCAUCGAUCCUUCAUUCGAUCAACAGCAUCGCCAUGGCCGUCCUGAUACGACUGAGUCUCGGCAUUGGCGCCGUCCUGCUGGCAAUCGCCGGCAGUCAGGCCGGCCCAAGCAAGAGGGACCUCUCUCAGACUCGGAUGGACGUGACCAUCGACAACGCACCGUUCCUUACGGACGAGGUGGUCGACUCGUUUGAGAUGCUGCAUGUGCGCCAGUGCGAGCCAGAGGGCUUCGACUGGACCAAGGAAGGCCAUCAGGAGCUGAAGGAGAUUCUGGAAGGCUGCGAGAGCAAGGUCAAGGCCGGCGGACUCGGAAAUGACUGUGACGGUGUCGAGUUCAGCGCCCUGUACUUUUUGUGCAUUGCAAACAGCGUGGGCGAACUUGAUGCUGCCGGAACGUCGUUCGACCUCGACGCCUUCCAGGACAAGACCGAUGGCUACUCGGACGACCCCAAGUGGUCCAUCACCGAGGAGGACAUGUUUACCCACUGCAUCCGUAGGUCAACCGCCGAUCUUACGCCUCGCCAGCAGGCUGUCUACGCGUACGCCUGCAUGAAGUGGUGCUUCGCCGUCUCCUGCGACGAUACCCUGAUUGAAGAGCAGCGGCUGGAUAAUGAGGGAAGGCAGCGCAUUGUCUCUUUCCUCAAUGGACGCUGCCCGUUGAGCCCCACCGUUAUUGUGGACGCCUUCGGUCAGCUCACCAGCCGUACUUGGGCAGAGUGCACCGAUUCCGUGGCCUCCAUCAGCAACGAUUACGACGCGGCCGUCGGCAGGAUCAGUUGUCUGCUGCAGGACUUCCAGGCGGCGGACGGCACAGUCGACUUUGCCAGCCUGAGCAGCGCCAUCAACGGCAUCCCGGGAGAUAGCGACCUGGCGCCCACCCUCAGCUGGAACCUGUUGCUGGACGUCUGCGGACCGAGCGACGCGGCAGCCUCUGUCUCGACCGUGGAGUUCAUUGAAUGCUGGGCUGGCUAUGGCCUCUACUCGUGCGCCUUCAUGGAGGCCAACGCACUGGCACGCCACUUCCCAUCGACCUGCACUGUCACCCUCUAACUUGACCAGGGCUUAUGUCCUUCUGAAACUCUGAGAACGAUUUCAAAGACUCAGUAGACUGCUUGUUAUGCACUUUUUCUGUAUGUAAUAAACGUUCUAGCAAG